GUCCCCCUGCAUCCAUCCAUUCAUUCUAUCUACAGCGCUACGGACCUAUCAUGGGUGACUGGAGCUUUCUGGGUAAUAUUUUAGAGGAAGUGAAUGAGCACUCGACGGUGAUCGGCCGGGUGUGGCUCACGGUCCUCUUCAUCUUCCGCAUUCUCAUCCUGGGUACGGCGGCAGAGUUCGUGUGGGGUGACGAGCAGUCGGACUACGUCUGUAACACACAGCAGCCCGGUUGUGAGAAUGUGUGUUAUGACGAGGCAUUCCCCAUCUCCCACAUCCGCCUGUGGGUUCUGCAGAUCAUCUUCGUGUCCACGCCGUCUCUGGUGUACGUAGGCCAUGCCGUGCACCACGUCCACAUGGAGGAGAAACACAAGGAGCGCGAGGAGGCCGAGCUGAGUCGCCAGCAGGAGCUGAGCGAGGAGCGGCUGACACUAGCGCCAGACCAGGGCAGUGUGCGCACCACCAAGGAGACCAGCACCAAGGGCAGCAAGAAGUUCAGGCUGGAGGGCACCCUGCUGAGGACCUACAUCUGUCACAUCAUCUUCAAGACGCUGUUUGAGGUGGGCUUUGUGGUGGGCCAGUACUUCCUGUACGGCUUCCGCAUCCUGCCGCUGUAUAAGUGCAGCCGCUGGCCCUGCCCCAACACCGUGGAUUGCUUUGUGUCGCGCCCCACAGAGAAGACUGUCUUCAUCAUAUUCAUGCUGGCAGUGGCCUGCGUCUCCCUCUUCCUCAACUUCGUGGAGAUUAGUCACCUGGGCCUGAAGAAGAUCCGCUUUGUCUUCUGGAAGCCGGCACCGAGGCCAGCCCAGGGUGAGGGCCCAAGCCCCCUGCCCCCUCCAGGGGGGGGCCUCAAGAGCCUGCCCCCCGUGGCUGUGCCCUCCUUCCAGAGGGCUAAAGGCUACAGGCUGCUGGAGGAGGAGACCCACCUCUACCCCCUGGCAAAGGCGUGUAUGGAGGCAGGGAGGCUAAUCCCUCUGGCUCCGCCCUUCCAGUGCAUGAAGGAGAAAGUGGAGGAACUGGGGAACAUGGAGGACAUUUCGAAGGUGUACGAUGAGACCUUGCCCUCCUACGCCCAGACCACAGAGAUAGGGGAGGACACACUACCACUACACCAAGAGGAGGAGGAGCAGCAGCAGGAGGUGGAGGAGGACAAAGAGGAGGAGGCGGUGGGGAUGGAAGCGAUGGAUACGAUAGAGGACACCAGACCACUGAGCAGAUUGAGCAAAGCCAGCAGCAGGGCCAGGUCAGACGAUCUCAGCGUAUGAACCUGUGAGAGAACACACACAAACAAACUUACACGCACACAAAACCGAACACAGGAGAACACACACAUCUAGCUCAAGACAACACACACUUAUUACCAUUAGGACGUUGGUAACAUCACUCAACAAGGCAACAAAAAGAUAUGUGCUCAUUUGUGAGAUAAGUGAAUAUUAUAAAAAGUUGUGGUUUAAGAGAAGAGGGAUAGAUUUGUUUUAUUAAGCGUGUUAUAUGAAACCAAAUGUAGAAAGGACAUGCCGAGAGGGGAAAAAUAUUUUUUACCUGAUGAAAAUCCAUGCUGGUUUUAGAAAACACCUUUUUCUAUCGAAAGAGUUUUAACAAUAACCAAUUAAAGAUUACUAAUGUUUACAUAUUCUGGGGGGUUGAAUGGGUAGGGGGAAGAGAUUGAUCAUAUAUUCUUGUGUGUCUGCAAAGCAGUAAAAUUACUGUAGGCAGGCAAUCACUUUCAUAUUUAGCUGCAAACAUGUCGCAGGUGGAAGGGCUCUUGCACACCAAGUCCUUGCACAGAAAAGUCACAGAGCAACAAAAAAAACGUAUGACUCUUUAACACCAAGUUGAUAGUCCAUUUUUGGAUUGAAAAGAGCGUAACUUUUGCACACAUUUCUUAGAGGAUAUAGAACUCUGUGCAAGGCCUAUAUAACCCACAUAUCACCUCAACUAUGCAUCGAUUUACACUUCUUUCAAUUGAAGGGAGAUUUGAAAUAAUGUACAAGAGCAUAUCUCUCCUUUUCAUGUUUAUAUACAGAGUAGUACAGCAAAAAAGUGGAGUGGUGGAGAAAAACAACCCCCAAAAACCUCAUGUUAAUGGUCUCUAUUCAAUGUGAUUCUACAUCUCAUCUUUUGGAUUGCUUAUAUCUUUCUUUGCCUAUAUAACGCAGAAGUGGGCACUGUGAAAAUGUUGUCUGUCUGUGGAAAGAGAGGAGUGCUGGUUUUGCCCGAUCACAGACUGAACCAUAGUAACGACCUCAGGCCAAAUCCUCUCUUUUCGCGCUGUACAAACAGGCGUCACGGCGAUAAAGAUCACGCACGAUCAGCACAAAGUAUUGUUGAGCCACAGACAAUAAAAGAAACCACUCAUAUAUGAAAACAAGCAUCCUUGACAUUGUUGUGGGGGAAAAUCGUUUUACUUUAUUUUACUUGCCCUUAAUGUUCCUUUCCCCUGUACGAAUAUGAAAUAGUUAGGGCAAUGAUUACAACAUUUUCUAGGAAAAAACUAUAAACUGAGAAUCUUAUUGUACGUAAUUGUAUCUGAUGUCUAAUAGCAAACAUUAUGUUGAGAACACUUAGUUUAAGUUCUGAUAUAAUCUAUAACUAAAUUAUUAUUACUAUGAUGACUAUCGUUAAUUUAUCCAAUAGGGAAACUACCAGUUAUUUAUUUAAACACUAGAAAAAACAUCCAUAACGCUGCUACAAACACUGUUUUGGUAGGGAAAAUUAAACCUGAGCAUUAUUUCCAUAAUUACCAAAGACUUGCAUUUCAGAACCUUUUGACCUGUCUUCUCUCUGUCCCAGAGAUGUUUUAUUUUGUAUUUUUUUAUUAUUAAGUUGUACGAGAGCAGAAGUUUCUUAUAAGUACUUUUUCAAAAUUCUAACAAAAACAAUGCUCUAUGAAAGGGAUGCCUUAAAGUACGACUUACUUGUAUCAAAUAUUUAUCUAUUUUUCUCUCUUGCACUCUCUGCUUUAUUUAAAUUGUUGGCUAUAAUGCUUUCUAGUGUAUAGUUUUCUGUGCUUUUUCUGUAAAUGUACAUUCUCAAAUGUCUUUGUAAAGGUUAACGUGCUUACAUUUCUCUGGGAAAACUGUGAAUGUCAUGUUUUAAUGUCAUGUUUUAGAUAUUUUUUCUUUAGCUUUCAAAUAAUCCUUUGUAUACUGUAUGCAGAAUCCCCCUUAUUUUUUUUAGGAAAAUGUAGAAUAUGUCUGCAAACAAGUGUACUUACUUCUCAGUCAGUCCUGUGCCUUAAAGCAAAGCAUUGGGGUUGUUUAGUGCAGCAGUGUGUUUAUCCAGCGGCACAGAUUAUAAAAUGGUGCAGAAAAGCCACACACACAGACACACACACGCACACGUACAUGCACGCAUGCAUACACACACAUGCAUACACAUGUGCAUGCAAACGCAACAUACUUCCAGUGUUGGUUUUGGGGGUGUGAUCAAACGGCUCUAGACAAACUCUGACAGAAAGGCAGCUUUGACCCCUUUGUGACCCCCAGACACUCCUUUGCCUCCCAUAAGCCAAAGCUGUGACAACCUUGUGAAUGAGACGACAGGCUUUUCACAAUUGCAGAAUAGUUUAGCACAUUUCAGCACUGUAAAAUAUAUUCCAAAACCAACAUUUGUUCUGGUUCUCAUGUGUUGUAAUUGGUAAAUUCAUGUAUUUGGUGCAUGUGUGUUUUUGGUUUCAAACAGUUCCCCUUAAUUUAUUGUUUGUAAAACCAUUUGAUUAAUCUUUGGAAAGAAAAUAAUCAUUUUUACUAACUUGUAGUCCUCUUUGCUCCUAGUUGUGUGGCAGUAUCAUCUUUUGGAAAGUGAACCAAGGCAA